CCCUCCCACAGAGCUGAAAUACCUUUGCCCUGGACUGUCCCAGGAAAGCUGGUCUCCUCUGACCCUAGAUCCCGGAAGCCCUUGACUUUUCCAGAGAGCUGGCUUUGGAAGGGAGCAAUCAUGUCCAUUAGCUCUGUGGGCUGCCUCGGGUUUGACAGGAGAAGCUCUCAGGAAACCAGUUACAUUGGCGAUAAUACUAACAAGAAUGGUGCAAUAUCCCUGAUUUUCUCUCUCAAAGAAGAAGUUGGGGCACUGGCCAAAGUCUUGCGUCUAUUUGAGGAGAAUGAUAUAAACCUGACUCACAUUGAAUCCAGACCUUCUCUCCUAAACAAAGAUGAGUAUGAGUUCUUCACCAACCUAGACAAUAGGAACGUCCCUGCUCUCGAUGACCUCAUCAAGAGCUUGAGACAGGACAUCGGUGCCACUGUACAUGAGCUUUCCCGGGAGAAGAAGAAAGACACAGUGCCAUGGUUCCCAAGAACAAUCCAAGAUCUCGAUAGAUUUGCCAACCAGAUUCUCAGCUAUGGGGCCGAAUUGGAUGCAGACCACCCAGGUUUUAAAGAUCCUGUGUACCGGGCCAGGCGGAAGCAGUUUGCUGACAUUGCUUACAGCUACAGACAUGGGCAGCCUAUCCCAAGAGUUGAGUACACCGAAGAAGAGAAGAAAACAUGGGGCAUGGUGUUCAGGACCUUGAAGUCUUUAUAUAAAACUCAUGCUUGCUAUGAGCACAAUCACAUCUUCCCUCUUCUGGAAAAAUAUUGUGGUUUCCAAGAAGACAACAUUCCACAGCUGGAGGAUGUUUCUCAGUUUCUACAAAGCUGUACUGGAUUUCGCCUCCGACCUGUGGCUGGCCUGCUUUCCUCUAGGGACUUCCUGGGUGGCCUGGCAUUCCGGGUCUUCCACUGCACACAAUACAUCAGACAUGGAUCGAAGCCGAUGUACACACCAGAACCUGACAUCUGCCAUGAGCUAUUAGGGCAUGUUCCAUUGUUUUCUGAUCGAAGUUUUGCCCAGUUUUCUCAGGAAAUUGGCCUGGCUUCUUUGGGUGCCCCUGAUGAAUACAUUGAGAAACUUGCAACGAUCUACUGGUUUACUGUGGAGUUUGGCCUCUGCAAACAAGGUGAUUCCAUAAAGGCAUAUGGCGCUGGGCUCCUGUCUUCAUUUGGGGAAUUACAGUACUGCUUAUCUGAUAAACCUAAGCUUCUGCCCCUUGAGCUCGAAAAAACAGCAGUCCAGGAAUAUUCUGUGACCCAAUUCCAGCCUGUGUAUUUUGUGGCUGAGAGCUUCAAUGAUGCCAAAGAGAAAGUGAGGAACUUUGCCUCAACAAUUCCUCGACCCUUCUCAGUGCGUUAUGACCCAUACACCCAAAGGAUCGAGGUUCUGGAUAACACUAAACAACUCAAAAUUUUGGCCGACUCCAUCAGCUGUGAAUUUGGAAUCCUCUGCAGUGCCCUUCAGAAAAUAAAAUGAAGAUGUGUUCCAGA